GGAACAUUGGAUUUUGUGAUAAAUGUAAAAAGACCACUUCUUGCAGAUGAUCUGCUCCGAAUUUUCGGUGUUUUCGAAACUGAUAACGAAGUAAUAACUGAAGUUUACGACUUAUUUAUUGAUAGCCAUGGAAAUGGAAAAAACAUAAAUGAUCCAAUUUUCAAAGAAGAUUUUGAUCAGACUUUUUCCCAGUGGACACAUGAGAUAAGGUCUCGUAUGAAUGAUCCCGAAAACGAUAGUGAAUUCGUGGCUUUUUUAAAUAAUACAAAUACUAAUUACAUAAAGGAUGGAUAUUUGAACAUUGUAGCAACAUGGGCUAAUUACACGAACAAUUUACCAUUUGCUGUAGAUGGGUGCACAUCCAGAAAAGUUAAUCCAUCUCGGAAAAAAGAUUGUGGGCCACAAAUUCCACUUCAAUAUAAGUUACCUCCUGUGCACUCAGCAAAACUACAUACUUUUGGAAAGUUUCAAUUCAAAUAUGGUAGAGUAGAAAUACGUGCAAGGAUGCCGAUAGGCGAUUGGUUAUAUCCAUAUUUGAUAUUGCAACCGAUAAAAUACCGAAGUGAAGAAAAUUUUGUCAAUCAAUUGCGUAUUGCAUUUACACGCAGCAAUGCACUAUUGCAAAAUAAUGAAUCAAUUCCUAUUAGUAGAGACCGACUCUUUGGAAGCGCUGUUCUUUGGAAAUCAGGAAAAUUUUCGGAAUAUGUUCAUUUCAAGAAAUACUCAACAUACAAUCCACUAAGUAAUGAUUUUCACAACUACACUUUGAUUUGGCACAAAGAUCACAUUACUUACAAGGUAGAUAAUAAUACUUACGGCACGAUUACAAAUUCAACAGUUCUUAACGCGUUUAAUUCAGAGUGUUAUAUUGUAUUGGGUCUGUCAGCAGCCGGAAAUGUUAAUUUCCCAGAUGAAACUAUUAUGUUUAAACAUAAACGGUUUUUAAAUAACGAUCCUAUGGGGCCAUAUCAAUUUGAAAAGUUUACUGAUAAGAAAACGUGGACACAACCCAACCUUCUGAUAGACUCCGUUUACGUUUACAAGACUCACGGAACUGAUGAAUAAAAGUCAUGAUUUUCUAAAUGU